GAGGAGAGGGAGAAGAUGGUGCUGAUCAAAGAGUACCGAAUCGUGCUCCCCUGUUCUGUUGAAGAGUACCAGGUUGGGCAGUUGUACUCUGUGGCAGAGGCCAGCAAGAAGAACACAGGAGGAGGGGACGGCAUCGAGGUGCUGAUUAAUGAACCGUACGAGAAGGAUGGCGAGCGGGGGCAAUACACACACAAAAUCUAUUACCUGGAGAAUAAAGUUCCACAGUUCAUCCGGCUCGUGGCUCCAGAAGGCUCACUGGUUGUCCAUGAGAAGGCAUGGAACGCAUAUCCAUACUGCCGUACCGUCGUCACGAACGAGUACAUGAAAGACGAUUUCUUUGUGAAGAUUGAGACCUGGCACAAGCCCGACCUGGGGGAGCAGGAGAAUGUUCACGGCCUCGACCCCGAGGACUGGAAGGAGGUGGAGGUUCUGCCCAUCGACAUCGCAGACCGGAGCAUGGUGUAUGGCAAUGAUUAUAAAUCUGACGAAGAUCCAGCAAUUUUCAAAUCAGUGAAGACAGGACGAGGCCCUCUGGGGCCAAGCUGGAAGAAGGAUCUCCUUGAUCAGCCGGACUGCCCCCACAUGUGCGCCUACAAACUGGUGACGGUGAAUUUCCAUUGGUGGGGGCUGCAGGGCCGAGUUGAGAAGUUCAUCCACAAGCAAGAGAAGCGACUCUUCACAAAUUUCCACCGUCAACUCUUUUGCUGGAUUGACAAAUGGAUCGGGCUCACCAUGGACGACAUUCGUCAGAUGGAGGAGGAUACACAAAAGGAGCUGCUUCAGAUCCGUCACGAAAGCACCCUGCGGGGGAUGUCAGCAAAGGAUGAGUGAAUCUUUGUGAUGAGACCAGCGAGAGGGACAUUGGACCGACCAUGACAGAACAAAUGACUGCCCCCUCCGUCCUGCUGUCUGCAUCCACAGCUCGGAUCAUCUGCAGCUCCAUGUCCUGCCCCUCUCGAAUCCCUCCGCUCCUGUAAAUAUGCCCCAACCUGCCAGGGACCAGCCCCAGAGCAGCAGCCCACCACCGGGAGUGGGAGAGCCUGCGGAAGGUCCAGGGUCCCGUGUUGCACCGGCGGUGGGCUGUGCGAAUUCUUCACACCUCAUUAAAGAGAAGGAAUCGGU